AAAUAAUGGGGGGCCUUCUGGGAGAUUCUUAAACUUUACUCUUUGCAGUUGCAGUGCACACACUUUUGUUGUUGGUGAGAGAAGUUUCACGGUUUCCCUGUGUUUAGGAUCAGAACAAGCCAACCCUCCAACCCCAAAUGAGCAAAUGAAAUAUCAUUGCAGGAGGAGACCACAAGAGAGAAAAAUGUCAGUCCCAACCAGCGUGUCACCACCAUUGCUUGUUAGUGUAGCUGUGAUGACGGUGAUGUUUUCAGGGCUGGUUUCAGUGGCUGAAUCUGCAAUAGGGGUGAACUGGGGGACAAUUUCAUUCCACAAGCUGAAGCCAUCCACGGUGGUGGAUCUGUUGAAGGACAACAAGAUUCAAAAAGUGAAGCUUUUUGAAGCUGACCCCUUGGUGCUAAGAGCUUUGAUGGGGAGUGGGAUUCAGGUCAUGGUUGGGAUACCCAAUGAGAUGUUGGCUGCUCUCAGCUCUUCCCCUGCUGCUGCUGAUUUGUGGGUUCGCCAAAAUGUAUCUGCUUAUGUUGGCAAAGGUGGUGCUGAUAUCAGGUUUAUUGCUGUCGGAAAUGAACCUUUCCUUACAAGUUACAACGGUCAAUUUCAGUCCUAUGUAAUCCCUGCUAUGGCGAAUUUGCAGCAGUCUCUGGUCAGAGCAAAUCUUGCUGGAUACAUAAAGUUGGUAGUUCCUUGUAAUGCUGAUGCCUACGAAGGCAAUGUUCCUUCUCAAGGGGCAUUUCGACCGGAACUGACUCAAAUUAUGACUCAACUUGUUUCUUUCCUAAACUCAAAUGGUUCUCCAUUUGUUGUUAAUAUAUACCCAUUUCUAAGCCUCUAUGGGAACUCGGAAUUUCCACAAGACUAUGCAUUCUUUGAGGGUACUACACAUCCUGUUAUAGAUGGUGCAAACACUUACACCAAUGCAUUUGAUGGAAAUUAUGACACAUUAAUUGCGGCCCUCAGUAAAAUGGGAUACGGGCAGAUGCCCAUAGUUAUUGGGGAAGUGGGCUGGCCUACAGAUGGUGCGGUCGGUGCUAAUCUCACUGCUGCUGAGGUUUUCAACCAAGGCCUCAUUAAGCAUGUAUUAAGCAACAAAGGAACCCCUCUAAGGCCGGCUGUUCCACCCAUGGAUGUUUAUCUUUUCAGUUUACUUGAUGAAGGGGCAAAGAGCACCCUUCCAGGGAACUUUGAAAGGCACUGGGGGAUUUUCUCCUUUGAUGGCCAGGCUAAAUACGCCCUAGACCUUGGUUUGGGAAACAAGAAACUAAAAAACGCCAAGAAUGUUCAGUAUCUCCCGGCUAGAUGGUGUAUUGCCAACCCGAAUAGGGAUCUCUCUGAAGUGGCAAAUCACAUGAAGCUUGCUUGUAAUGUCGCGGAUUGCACAACGCUCAACUACGGGGGAUCAUGUAACGCGAUUGGAGCAAAAGGAAAUGUGUCAUAUGCAUUCAACAGUUACUAUCAGCUGCAAAUGCAGAAAGAAAAAAGUUGUAAUUUUGAUGGACUUGGUAUGGUAACUUUUCUGGACCCUUCUGUUGGGGAUUGCAGGUUUCUUGUUGGUGUGACUGAUACCAGUGCAAGUUUUAGACCAUAUCAAAGGUGGGUUGUCGGCUGUAUUUUGAUGUUAUGGCAAGUCUGGGCCUUUAGGGUGUGAGAGAAAAGCAGUUUCUAGGUGGGUUUUUCACGGUCCCCUCGUAUGAAGCUGAUAGUAUCGACAUAGAGUUAUUUACAUUUUUAUAUAUAUAUUCAAAUGAUUGCAGAUUUAUGUAGCAUACUAUUUUUAUGUAUAAAAAAAUCGACUCUCUGGGUUUAAUUUAGAUAAUAUAAUAUUUAUGUAGGAUAGGAGUAGUAUGUGGAUUCCAUGACUAUCCAUAUUUCAUAAGUCAUUCUCCAAACACCCAACCAAAUAAAUCCUUUUUUGGCUUAUC